AUGGCUCUAAGUGGCAACUGCAGGACUUACCUUCCUGCUCGGGAGCAAGGGACCGGGCUGCACUCCUUCCCGGAGGUCGUGGAGCUAAACGUGGGUGGCCAGGUUUACUUCACUCGCCACUCCACCUUGGUUGGCACCCCUCACUCCCUGCUGUGGAAAAUGUUCACCCCAAAAAGAGACACAGCCAACGAUCUGGCUAAGGACUCCAAGGGAAGAUUCUUCAUCGACAGAGAUGGCUUUCUUUUCCGCUAUAUUCUGGACUAUCUCAGGGACAAGCAAGUGGUUCUGCCCGACCACUUCCCGGAGAAGGGAAGGCUCAAGAGGGAGGCUGAGUACUUCCAGCUCCCGGACCUGGUCAAACUGCUGACUCCCGAUGACAGCAAGCAAAGCCCCGACGAUUAUUGCCACAGUGACUAUGAAGAGGUCUCCCAAGGCAGUGACACGAGAAUAUGCCCACCCUCGUCACUCUUAGCGUCGGAUCGGAAGUGGGGAUUCAUUACCAUUGGGUACCGGGGGUCGUGCACUAUUGGCAGGGAGAGCCAAGCAGAUGCCAAAUUCAGGAGGGUCCCAAGGAUUUUGGUUUGUGGAAGGAUUGCUCUGGUCAAAGAGGUCUUUGGAGAAAGUUUGAAUGAAAGCAGAGACCCAGACAGAGCUCCAGAAAGGUACACCUCCAGGUUUUAUCUCAAGUUCAAGCAUCUGGAGAGGGCUUUCGACAUGUUAUCUGAGUGUGGAUUCCACAUGGUGGCCUGCAACUCCUCUGUGACGGCUUCCUUUGUCAAUCAGUACACUGACGACAAGGUCUGGUCCAGCUACACUGAAUACGUCUUCUACCGUGAGCCAUCCCGCUGGUCCUCAUCCCACUGCGACUGCUGCUGCAAGAAUGGCAAAGGCGACAAGGAGGGCGAGAGCGGCACAUCCUGCAACGAGCUGUCGACAUCCAGCUGUGACAGCCAGUCGGAGGCCAGCUCCCCGCAGGAGACCGUCAUCUGCGGCCCUGUCACGCGCCAGCCCAACAUACAGACUCUGGACCGGCCGGCCAAGAAGGGCCCGGUGCAGCUGCUGCAGCAGUCCGAGAGCCGGCGGAAGAGCGACCUGCUGCGGACUCUCACCUCGGGCUCCAGGGAGUCCAACUCCAGCAAGAAGAAGGCGGUGAAGGAGAAGCUCUCCAUCGAGGAGGAGCUAGAGAAAUGCAUCCAGGAUUUCCUCAAAAUCAAAAUCCCAGACAGGUUUCCGGAAAGAAAGCAUCCCUGGCAAUCGGAACUGCUGCGGAAGUACCACCUAUAGGCUCUGGGCAGGAAGGCGUGAAGCCUUAUUGCCAUUAGAGCGAGAUACUAAGUGAUACAAAAAUAAUUCCCAACAAUAAUUAUUUGUUAAGUCACAAAAAAAAGAAAUCCAUCUCUAGUACUGCCUAAUUUGCCUAUUUCACCUUAACAUUUAUAGUCAUAGGGUAACGAUUUUUCCAGUCGUGGAAGCACAAUGACAAACGCUUUUAUUUGCAAACUCUGAGUCUUACACAAGCUGAAUACCUUAAGGGCACAACAAUACCGACAACACAAGAUGCUCGUGUGCAGAUGCUGCUGGUGCCAGUGGGAACCUAGCAGGCAGCGGCCGGGUGGCGCAUGGCUGCGUGCCUUCUGCAUCCUCCUGCUAGCUUGGUGGUUUAGAGGGAUGUGCACUGCUCAAAGAAGCAAGUCAUGCCAUGGCAGUUUACCUUAAGCACGUGUGUAUAUAUAUAUGUGCAUAUAUAUAUAUGUGUGUAUAUAU